AUGACCGUCACAAAAGUCGACAUCGCAGAAGUCAAAGCAUAUGUAGAUGCUACCCUGGAAGCACUGCACAAGGAACUGCGAGAUUUAAAUCAUCAGAUCUGGUCUAACCCUGAGCUUGCUUACCAAGAGCACCGUGCUCACGAUACGAUCUGCGAAUUUCUCGAUAGGCAAGGUUUCACGGUCACACGUCAUGCCUACGGUCUUGAUACCUCGUUUGAAGCCUUGAGUGGAUCUGGGGGCCGGCUGAUAAACUUCAAUGCGGAAUACGAUGCUUUGCCUGAUAUUGGCCACGCGUGUGGGCAUAAUCUCAUAUCAACCAGCAGUGUUGCUGCAUUUGUCGCUCUGUCACUUGCACUGAGGAAGUUCGGCAUCCAAGGGCGAACGCAGCUACUGGGUACUCCUGCGGAAGAGAAUGGAGGCGGUAAAGCGAAGCUCAUUGAAGCUGGUGCUUAUAAGGGUGUGGACAUAUCACUGAUGGCUCAUCCUGGUCCCGAAAAGCUAUACCCCGGACAGGAAUGCUGUGGGAUUGCUGGCACACUUAUGAAUGCCAGAAAAAACAUUCAUUGCGAAUUCACAGGCCGGAACGCUCAUGCGGGCGGAAAUCCUUGGGAGGGAAUUAACGCUUUGGAUGCACUGAUUUCAUCUUAUAACAAUGUGGCUGUGUUGAGGCAACAGUUGCUUCCAGACCAAAGAAUUCAUUGUGCCUUUUUGGACACACCAAAGGUGGCCAACGUGAUCCCCGCAUUCACGAAGGCUUUCUGGCAGGUGCGGAGUCCUACACUCAAGGGGUUAAAUACUCUGAUUGGGAAAGUACGAAACUGCAUUGAGGCAGGUGCACUGGCAACGGGCUGUCAGGUCAAGAUUGAGGAGGAUGAACUCUAUACCGAUGUUCGGCUGAAUGACACUCUCUGCGAGCGUUAUCAAUCUCACAUGGGACGAUACCAGCGGAAUGUCAGCUACGAGACUCCAACCCUUCACACUAUGUUUGGUAUACCCGCCCCUGAGACAUCCUAUCCUCAUCAUCCGACAUUUGCCGCUGCAGCUGGAACGGAUGAGGCUCAUACCGAGGCAGUCAUCGUUGGGAAAUCGUUGGCCUUGAUUGGAUGGGACAUGGUCACUGAGGAUGGUUUGUAUGAUACAGCACGGGUUCAAUGGAAGGAAGAGAUCGGACGGAUUGACUAG